CUGCUGGUACAGGGCUCACUCCGCAGCGACGCAAAGCAUCCAGGAGGGUGUGGGAGGGAGCAAGCCCAAGCCCAUUUCGGAGCGCAUCCUUGAAAAGACACAGAAUCAAAACAGUCAUUUUACACUGAGGAAAAUACGACUGUCAAACAUCGUCGCUUCAUCGCUUGUCUGAUACGCUGAUGUAUAGAAAAGCGGAGGGAGAAUAUAAUUCAUGGAAAUAAAAUAGAAGCCCGAGAUUUUGCUUUUAUUUUUUUCUGACAACAACACAGCCAUUUAAACACCCAAAUGGCUGAGAUAACCAAUUUAAAACCAGCUCACGAGGUGUCCCCAGUGCUGGCGGGCUUCCUGGGUGCCGGCGUCCUGGUGGUGUCAGUCACAGUGGCUGUCUUCCUCUGGACCUGUUGCCAGCGCCGUUACCGCCAGCUGACGGGCAGCUACAAGCUCCAAUCAGGGCCCCGCGACCCGGCCGUGGACCCGCCUUACAAGUUCAUUCACAUGCUCAAGGGCAUCAGCAUCUACCCGGAGACGCUCAGCAACAAGAAGAUCGUCCGCGUGGGUCGACGUCCAGGUUCCUCGAGGAAAAGUGGCGGGUCCGGCGUCGAGUGGGGUCGCAACGGCGAGCGGGGAAGAGAGGGAGGCGGUGGAGGGGGAGGAAGGGUUAUUGUGGUGGACGCCGACCCGGAAACGGGCCUCCUCAAUGGCUCCACACACCUGCAGAUGAGCCACCUACUGCCGCCUGCUGGUCAGCCGAGGUUAGAGCGGGCGCUGCCCAUCCGCUCAGAUUACUGCUGCCUGGAGAGCAGCUCUGGAGGUAACAGCAGUAGCAGUAGUUGUGAUGCCAGCAAGACAACGUCGCCCUUCACCCCGUGCCAGGGCGAGGGCGCCACCACUCCGCCUGCCACCCUUGGCACCCUCAGCCUGGCGGUGGACUACAACCUCCCCAAGAAGGCCCUGGUGGUGACCAUCGUUGGCGCCCAGGGUCUUCCCGCUGUCGAUGAGCAGGCAGGUAGCUCGGACCCCUACGUGAAGAUGACCAUACUGCCGGAGAAGAAGCAUCGGGUUAAGACCCGUGUGCUGAGGAAGACUCUGGAGCCAGUGUUUGACGAGACAUUCACCUUCUAUGGCGUGGCUUACAGCACCCUGCCAGACCUCACACUGCACUUCUUAGUGCUCAGCUUCGACCGCUUCGCCCGCGACGACGUCAUCGGGGAGGCGGCGGUGCCUCUCGCGGGGGUGGACCCCAGCACGGGACGAGUCCACAUCACCCAGCAGAUCAGCAAGAGACACAUUCAGUGUGUGAGUCGUGGUGAGCUGCUUGUGUCUCUGUCCUACCAUCCUGUCACUCAAAGGCUCAAUGUGGUGGUGCUGAAGGCCAAACACUUGCCUAAGAUGGACAUCACUGGUCUGUCCGGCAACCCCUAUGUGAAAGUGAACGUGUUUUAUGGUCGAAAGCGCAUCGCCAAGAAGAAGACGCACGUGAAGAAAUGCACGCUCAACCCUGUGUUCAACGAGUCGUUCGUCUACGACGUGCCCGCUGAGCUGCUGGCCGACGUCUCCGUCGAGUUCCUGGUGGUCGACUUCGACCGCACUACCAAGAAUGAGGUGGUGGGCCGCCUGGUGCUGGGCGGGCAGAGCCUCAUGCCCACCGGGGUCACCCACUGGAGAGAGGUCUGCGACAACCCUCGGCGGCAGAUUGCCAAGUGGCACAACCUCGGCGAGUAUUAGCAGCCCUCUGAAAAAUCUCCCACGUUAAUGAAAAUCUUGAAAUCUUUGAGGAGUGGGUAUAUAGGUGAAAAAUCCACCGUCGCAAUUUACAUCCUUUUCUGUCAGAAAAAAAAUAAAUAAAAAUAGAACCCUUUCCGUCUGAAAUAGAGACACAGCCAGACCACCGUAGACCCACCCGGCACAGACUUACACGGUUGGGUCGUCAAGACAACCACAUCGGCCGAGAAAAAUAUGACCAGACUUUCAGGAAUCACUGAUGACAAAAGAUGGAGGACUUCGAAAUACACCUAAAUUGAAAUGUAUAUACGCGAAUAAAUACGGUGGUUUUGAUGCAGUCCUAGCAGUUAGGUGGUGUGGUAAGGGAGCGGGCUGUGGUUCAUCCAGUCAGAGUGAGAGUGCAUCAUAACCCCGCCUCCCUUCUCCAGCCCCUCCUACCCUACACAUCAUUGGUGUAAACAUUUGAUUACUAGCAUGCUGAACAAAUACACAAGUUAAUCUACAAGUGUGACUUUUCCCUUGCCUGUGAUUCCAUUUGAGGGGAACUUGUACAUCAGGAUGUACCCCUGGUAUUGCACAACACUGGGAGGGUUUAUGGUAAUUAGAGGGCGUGGAGGGGAGUGAUUUUUUCCUUUUUUUUACAGGAGUGGUAAUAUUAAAUAUUUCAUACAUUUCUGGGGCACGAAUGGAUUCUAUAUUAAUGUAUUCAUAAGGGACUUAAGUGUUAAAAGUCACAGGCAGGUAAGGUUAUGGGGAUAUUGGGACAAUUCAUCACCCCUGUAAUGUUUCUUUCUAUGUAGAUGUUUUAGCAGUAAACUCACGCAGCAACAAUAUCCAUGAAAUGUAAUGGUCAGACUAAACUGCAUGGGUCGGAGCUUUUUCAUGCACAGGGUAAAAUUGGCUUGCGUUCCAGCCUGCACGCUUAUUCUAUUUGAGCCAGUCAAGGCCAAAUUAGAGACAUUCAUCGGGCACAUUCCUAACAUCACUGGCAUAGCAAUCAAAUGUCAUUCACCUGGGUUAUUCACGUACAUGUUCGUAAGUCUGCGUUCAGUAUAUUACAACGUUUGUAUGAUAAGUGCAUUGUGAAGCUAAUAAAAGAACUCAAUUUAAAUUGAGCGCGUGGCAUAUCACUGCCACAAAUGUCCUCUGCUGGUCUUUGCUGAACCCACCCUCAGCAGAACACAACAUAAGUGGUAUUGAUCUACCACAAUAAUGCAUAUGGAUUAUUUCUUCUUUCCUCUACCUCUCAUCUUAUUGGUGAUUUAUUUUCUUGUAGAGCUGACAUGAUUGGUUGAUUGGCCGUAGCCAUGGAUGACCUUGAUGAGCAAGGUACCAUGAGAUAUCCAUAGGGCCAUCACCAGAGAGAGCUUCGUAGUUCAUUAGUUGUCCACUGGCCAUUUGAGCCUUUGUGCACUUGCUCUACAGAGCCCUACUCCUGUUCCCACAGUAUAUAGACAUUCUAGCUCAGCAGAUCCUUGUUUGAACUCAUCGUCUUCAGAAUUGUACGUUGAUUUUUGUAGAGCUAUUUUAUGUGGUGUGAGAAUACGAAUGUCCAUCUCCUGCAAUCUCCAGUCAACUGUACUCAAAUAAAUAAAAUGUCGACUCUUGUUCUAAUGCCCUCUCCUCUCUCUCUCUCUCUCUCUCUCUCUCUCUUUCUCAGUCAUAGCUGUUGUUCUGUAUUGCGCUCCCCCCAUUUCUGUCAGAGAUUUUAACACUCUGAUGAUUAAUAUCGAUUAAAGGAGGUCAAGCUUUCAGCACACAUAACGUAUUUCUGCUCUCUAUAUCUUAUGUGUACACCGCUAACCUCCAGCUUGAACAGGCAUAUCCUUACACUUCCACACUGGUAAACACGACCGCUUCACUGGCCUUGGAGGUGCUCACACUGCAUCCCCACAAAGUGACCGCAACGCUAGCUGGAGUUUGAGCUAGCAAAUAAAUCAACAUUGCUAUUUGUUGUAAAAUGCUAUUCUCGUGGUGUAGUCACUCAACAAGUGUCUUUGGCUAAGGCACAUAUCACAGUGUUGUGUAGACACCAUGGACAGCCACUGUCAGUGUGCGGUGGGGAGUUUUGUCUUAGAUGACCACAUUUCACAAAAAACUGAAAGUGGGUAGUGGACUCUAUAUGCAGCCAGGCUGCACACUGGGGAACAUUUUGUAAAUCUUUACAAUGCCCAUAGCAAACAUUUUGUUUUUAUCACUGGUUGAAUAAUUAUACUUUUUUUGCUAUGGAACUUAAUUUUUUUUGCUCUCUUUUGCUACUUUUUGAAAAGAACAAAAUGUAUAUGUACAUAAUGUAACAUAGGAGGCUAAUAUCUUGUUUUUUGUUAUCAAAUUGCCAUGUGGAUAUUUUUCAUAACCCUCCCCCAUCCCUGUCUUUUCAGGAAAACGUUACUUUCACAAUUCAGUUCUUGACAUCUUGCACAGUUCAAGUCCUUAUUCUUAUGUUCUCCCUCUAACAGCCUUGAGGUAUGGAAAAUCUGUAGACGCAUGCACAGUGUCUUCAGUUUUUAGUUAAACUUAACUUCAAGGCAACUCAUUGAAACAAAAUUAAACUGUUAUUAAGAAGCACUGUGUAUUGGGACCCAUUUUGUUUUUUAUUUAUAAUGUUUGGCUACUUUCAUUAUUUGCACAGAACAGAUCAAAUCAGAUGCAGUUUUUGAUUAAAUGUAGUAUGCAUUGUAAAUAUUUCAACUGUAGUAUAUCUAUCUGAAGACCUUUGUCCAUCCUUUUGUCUGUGUAAGAGGCUUCCAGUGCAGGGCAUGAUUGAAUGAUGUGGAUAUGAGAGCUGUUAGAGUGAGGUUAAAUUGCAUUGCCUCUUAACACCAUAACAGCCCGGUACACCAAUCUCGUCUUUAUUUGGGCAAAGAUGUAGCGAGGAUGUGUUUGUAUGUCUGUCCGUUUGCGUGUAUCUCCGUGUGUAUGUAUUUGGGUGUUUGUGUAUUUGUAGCAAUACAGAGAUGGGAGGAAAUUAAGUAGAGUUUGUGUUUAUUAAGAUGCUUAGUAUUUUUAGUUUGAGUAUUUUAUUAGGAUCUCGAUUAGCAGCAGCCACACUUGCUCGGGUCCUCACAAUGAGACAGAAUCCCGAACAUUAUUAGGCAAGAACUGCUGAAGGACAGAACUACAUACAUUUCAAAUAAGACACACUUUCACCAUGUGAACGCAGCAGCGUAUGGUGAAUAAUGUGGAGGUUUACCUUCAGUUCGCUCCAGGCACCCUGAUGUGAACAAGGCUCCAUAUCGUGAAAAGCUACAGGCUCCCAGCAAGCUCCCUGACGUGAACUACCUUGUCAUAUAUUACAGCUACCACAGACCCAGAAUGGGUAUCCUAGGGUAAAGUGUAGUCUUAUUACAGUCUAGUGGGAGCGCAGGCAAAUGGCACAUUAGUCUCACCAACUGAAAGGUCUUGUAUGGAAACCUGGGAGCGUCAGCCAGGAGACGCUAACGCGGUUGCAGAGGAAUAGCGUGGCGUCAUCCAAAUGAAUUCUCAGGCACUACUGGGGAGCUAAACGGCAAAGUUAGAGAGGAGGGACAUGUGCAGUGAGCAGGGCUUGUUUAAUAUUCCAAAGCCUUGUUUCCGUCGACAUGAUGGUUUUCCCGGGGUGGAGGAUAUGUCCCUCAUUUAAAUGCCGAUGGAAAUGGGGCGUAAACGUGUUGAAAAGGAGAUAUUAUACCAGGAUGUAAGGAGAGUAAUAGAAUAUGUCUGAGGAUUAGAGGCCUAGGUCUGUGCUUGGUAGGUGCCUCAGAAGACAGAUCUGAUCGUUUCGGCGAAAGGCGAAAUAGAAGGAUUCCGGCUAACAAAAUUGUGGAUUCUGUUCAUGACAGGAAUGUUUAGUGAAGAUCAAAUCAUAACGGCUAACAUAGAAAACAAACUCAAUGUUCAUUCCGCCCAUUUCUGUAUGCUUUGACUGAUUGUCUUGUUUCGUAUUCUUUAUGUUAUCCCUUUUUCUCUUUUACUUUGCAAUACUGGGUUUGUGUAUAUUACAGGUGCCUGUGAUGAGUAUCAGUCACAUCUCCCUGUCAGCAUUUCCCUUUGUAAAUAGCACAGAGAGCACUCUGCAACAAUGUUCUGUACAAUAAAUCAAACUUAGAUGUCUUUGUUACCCACUGUUUUGCUGGCCAACCCCUGAACCCAUAUUAUACCUCUUUUUUAUAGAUAUCUAAAUUGUAUACUUGGUGUAAAUGACUGUUUGUUCCCAAGCACUAGCUGGCAGAGGCACAGCCGCCUGUCAUUAGUUUCUGUGCUUGUUAUCCCUGCAAUGGCAGCAGGCCCUCUCCCUCUGUUUCUCCUCGCUGUAAAUGUGUUCAAUUGUUGAGGUGCCUUCCCUUUCCCUGGCCCAAACUCAACCCCUCUCACCAGUGCACUCCUUUCUUCCUUCAGCCUUCCUGUUCCUUUCACGAUAACCAAUCCCUCUCUUUUACUAUCGUGUGUUGUACAGACAAAAUAGAGGUGCAAAUAUAAAGAGAAAUAAAGAGAGGUUUGUCAUUGAAUACCAUUGAUUCACCCACUCUGUCAAAAUUGAAGGUCAGAACUGUAUGUUUUGUGGAGGGGAAAUGCUAAAUUAGAUGAGUACUCUGAAAUGUGUUUUAACUGCAUAAUGCUAUUAAGUCUAGGCUAACUAUAUUACACUUACGCUGACUUGUUGUUGAAUUUGUUAACACAAUGACUGUGCAAAUAAAAAAAACCUGAUACACUA